CGGGAUAUAGCCAACAACAGUGACUGUUGGUCCCUUCUUUGUGCGACAUUUCACUUCCAUGAUCUCUACGAUCUGAUACGAAUCGAACAGUCUUUGCAACUGAUUUUUACACUUCAAACUGUUUUCUUGUCAUCCUUACUUCGAAUCACAAACACCAACACCCAGCAGGGAUGACAACAGUCACUACCACCUUCAGCGCUAAAGCGCCUCCCGCCACGCCCGUGGCGCACACCAUCCCCCCGGCAUCGAGCCGACUCUUCGAGCCGGUACGGGUGGGCAAGAUGACGCUCCACCAUCGCAUCGUGUUCGCCCCGUUGACGCGCAACCGCAAUGACGACGACCACACCCCGCUGCCGUUCAUGGCGCAGUACUAUGCCGACCGGGCAUCGACGCCCGGAACCCUGGUCAUAUCCGAAGCGACGGCGGUCUCGCAUCUCGAAGAGGGCCAGGAGCACACGCCGGGCUUCGUGACGGAGCGGCAGGUGGCCGCCUGGAAGGCGAUCAUCGACGCGGUGCACGCGCAGGGGUCGUACUACUUCCAGCAGCUGUGGGGGAUGGGCCGGGCCGCGGACCCGGCGCUCCUCGCCCAGCGAGGUCUGCGAAACCGGUCCAGCAGCGCCGUCCCGCUGGCCGGCGUCGCGGCCGUCCCCGCGGAGAUGACCGAGGCGGAGAUCGCGGAGGUGAUCCAGAGCUUUGCGGACACGGCGCGGCGCGUCGUGGACGCCGGCGGCGACGGGGUCGAGGUGCACUGCGCCCACGGCUACCUGCUCGAUCAGUUCCUCUCGGACGCCGUCAACCGGCGCACCGACCGGUGGGGCGGAUCGACCGAGAACCGCGCCCGGCUGGUCCUGGAGGUCGUCCGGGCCGUCGUGGCGGCGGUGGGCGCCGACCGCGUCGCGCUGCGCCUCUCCCCCUACGCCGCCUUCCAGCACGCCGAGAAGGGGGACAUCCGCCGACAGUACCUGUAUGUGAUUGCGCAGUUGAAAGCCACGGUGCCGCCGCUGGCGUACUUGUCGCUGGUGGAGGCCACGGGGGACCCCGGGGCGUUGAUCUUCGGAGCCAAGGCCGUCAACCAGGGCAAGACCUUGGACUUCAUCCUGGAGGCGUGGGAGAACCGGUCCCCUGUGGUGGUGGCCGGGGGCUAUCAGCCCGAGACGGCCGUCUGGGCGCUGGAAGAGCGAUACAAGAAGUGGGACACUCUGGUGGCUUUCGGUCGUCAUUUCCUGGCCAAUCCGGAUCUGGUGUUUAGAGUCCGGCAUGGGAUCGAGCUGAACAAGUAUAACCGGCCCACUUUCUAUCUACCCAAAAAUGAAGUCGGCUACAACGAUUACCCGUUCAGCAAGGAGUAUCUCGCCGCACAGCAGAAGGUAUCUCGCUGAGGUUUAUGCGGUCGUCCGAUAUGAGAUUGGAGAGGAUGAUAGACUGUCAUAUCUUUGAUACUCCUCGAAUUCCUGGGUUGUUUCUUUUUCUCUGUUAAUAAAGAAGUUUGUGUGGGAGAAACAACUGCUCCAUGUGCCAUCGUUUUCAGAUAGGGGUAGCGCAAUCAGGCACCCUACAGACAUUUUGAUAAUCUUGUUUUGCC